CAGAACUUGCUGGGGAACAGGAUGAUUUCCACUAUAAGCUGCUACAAUUCAAAGUUAUAAAGCAAAUUGGUUCCGGUGCAUUUGGAAAGGUGCAGCUUUGUCGACAUAUACAAACAGAGGAGAAGGUAGUGCUGAAGAUCAUCAACAAGUCGUGGGUAUUACAACAACAACAAUUAGAUCAUGUGAAGGAAGAAAACACAACGAUGAUGGAAUUGUCAGCUCACGAGUGUCCAUUCACAGUGAAAACAUUGGGGUCAUUCCAGGAUGAGCACAAGCUGUAUUUUGUUAUGGAAUUCAUAUCUGGCGGCGAGCUCUUUGCACAUCUACGAGGUUCCAAAAACGGUCGUUUCAGUGAAAAGAAGGCGCGCUUUUAUGCGGCGGAGUUGAUGUUGGCCCUCAAAUACAUGCACGAGCAUGAGCAUAUAGUUUAUCGAGAUAUAAAGCCAGAGAAUAUGUUACUAGACACUGAAGGCCACCUAAAGUUGAUUGACUUCGGAUUUGCAAAGCACCUGGGUGAAUCAGAAAAGACGUAUACGUUUUGCGGCACUCCCGACUACCUAGCUCCAGAAGUGAUCAGGGGUGAAGGCUACAACAAGGAGGCUGACUUCUGGUCGCUUGGCGUGUUCAUUUACGAAUUACAAUGUGGUUAUGCUCCAUUUGUCACAAGUGAUGCUAACGGCGGGGUGCGAUAUAAGGAUAUUCUCAACGGGCAGUUCUCGUUCCCGAAAUGGAUGACCUCUACUGGUAAAGAUCUAGUGUCAAAUCUGCUUGCCGUAGAUCGAAAACAUCGCCUUGGCUCGAAGCGAGGCAUGAUCGACGUGAUGGAGCAUCCUUGGUUUAAAGAUAUCGACUGGAAUGCAUUAGAACGGAAAGCGGUGAAAGCACCAAAACCUGGAAAGUACAAGAAAGGAAUGGUCAACCUGCAGCCUGACCUCGGGCGACCCAGUGUGUAUCCUGCAACUAGCGAUAUCGACCAGUCUCUUUUCAGCGAAUUCGAUGCCGUUGUCAAGAAUACGGAGAUGGGCCUAGUCGCUACAAAAUUACCAGCGUCACCUUCUGGGGUUUCGCUAAGUCAGACGGUCGCAGCACAUGGAGAAGCUGCUAAACAGGAUAAAUCAGACGCGACAAACAUGUACUCGUCAGAUGACGAUGAAGACCACGAAGCUCACUCAUCGGAGGCUGGUGCCCCGAAGUUCAAGCUGUAGGCUUGGAUACUUUACCUAAUUAUAUUUAACAGGUCGUAAACGAAAUUAUUACGCGCUGACAUGUCUACUGGUCGGUUGUGAAGUGAAGCUUUCUUGCUUUAAUAUCGAGGUUUGGUGUGAAUCCAACUGAUACCCGUCACUUCUUCUGGGCAUCCUCAAUCCAGUACCAACAAGUCCUUUGACCAGAGGAUUUUGAUACGUGACACUACGCGAUAAAAGGUCUAAACUUGUGCUGAGAAAAGACAAAUGUGUCUUUUUUACGAUACAUGCUGAGUCAUCAAUGAAAUUAAAAGUGAGACACACACCCGUGUAACAAAAGACAAA